UUUGAACUUUCAUCGCCAAUAAUAAUAAUCGAGUCACAUCGUCCCACGCUCAUUCUGGUACAGUUCCUUCACGGGCCUGACUUGUACUUGGUCGGCAGUACAUACCUUGUUUUAUGUCCGCUUCUCAUCGUCACUCGUUCUAGAAAAGUAUCGCCCUGGCUCCCUCCACUUCCGCUUUUGUCUGUCGACAGACAUUCUCUACUCAGCAACUUCUUGCCCGAUGCUCGAAUGCCACUCCUCUUUCAUGCCAGCCAUUCCUGAUUCCAAGCCUUGAGAACCUCUCGAUCGUCAGACGUCGCCAAUUACAUACAGCUCAAUUACAGAGACAGACGUUCUGCACCCACCUUUUGGCUCGACUUGACUCGCCCAAAGUGCACUGUGUUGCUAGGAAUGUUUGCACCCUAAGAAAAGGACCCAAAGAACGUCACGUACGAAGGUUGCACAGUUCAGGACAGCUGUUUGCUAGAAGUCGUGUGGAGAGAGUGCCAUUGACAUCAAAACAACGCAUUUCGUUGCGAAGGCAGGCUGCGCGGAUGGAGCACCAGAAGCAGGGACUCAAGUCUGUCGGAGUACGGACAAACUUCCACUUCCAGUUCAUCACUACUCCUACUUCAGAUACGCCUGGCACCAGUCUGAUACUGCACUUUGACAACAAGAGAUACAUUUUUGGAGAACUCUGCGAGGGCACCCAGCGGGCAAGCAUACAACGCGGGAUUGGCUUGCGGAAAGUCCGAGGGCUGUUCCUCGCAGGGAAAACAGAAUGGAACAACGGAGGGUUGAUCGGUAUGAUCCUUACUAUGGCCGACGUACAGCAAGGCGAAGUUGAGCCCAACGGUGCGGAUAGUAGACGGCCAAGGCUCCAUAUCUACGGAGGACCGAAACAACUUCAUUCUCUUGCUUGCGCUCGGCGGUUUGUGUUCCGCACAGGAAUGCCUUUGUCAGUUCAUGAAUUCGACGCAGACAAACAUCGGGUCCCGGAACAGAUAUAUAAAGAUGACAAUAUCAGCGUAUGGGGGAUUGCGGCAAGGCCGGCAGCAUCAGAGUCUACAGAGUCAGAGGAUACUGAAUUUGGUGACUCCGACACUACAUCUGAAGUGAAGGGAGAGGUCGACAACUCCCGAAUAGACGUCGAACAAGGCCUGCGAAGUCACAUCGUAAACAACAUGUUUGAUUCCGACUGGAAGAGAGACCGCCUUGUCCAGUGCAGACUCAAGGAUAUCAAAUUACCCGCGCUCGUAUGGGUAAGAGAUCCAACGACAAAAAAUUUGACACCCUACACCUGCCACGACGAGAACAACCUUGGCGGGCUGACUCUGGAGACGGAUGUGUUAGUGAGGAUGCCUUGGCCUGCGUCCACGGUCGAAAGACUUCCCAAAGUGUCAGGCCUUCCAGGUAAUGUCUCUAUGUCUUACGUUAUCAAGGGUCAUGCUCAGCGAGGGGCCUUCGAUCCUGUCAUGGCAAAAAGCUUGGGUCUAAAGCCUGGCCCGGCUUUUUCGAACCUAGUCGCGGGCAAAAGUGUCCAAAACGACGAAGGACGUACAAUUACUCCUGACAUGGUCCUCAAACCAAGCCGGCCGGGAAGAGGAGUGGCAAUUUUUGACGUCCCAUCAGCUUCCCAUCUUCUCGACCUUGAGCAACAGCUGGGUGACCUCGAAGGCCAACUUUUCGAAGGAGUUGAGGCUGCUGUUUGGAUAACUCAAGGCACCUUACCUCACGAUGAGCGGUUCCAGAACCUGCUCCGCAAGCUCAAGCAGAUCAAGCAUGUCAUUUCACAUCCAGACAUCUGUAAUGAUUAUAUUUCCCAGGACUCGAGUGCUAUCUCGUCAAUGCGGUUAUCCAACAUUGCUUCGGAGUUCUUCCUCGUCCCUCGAUAUAACAACUCGAAUGGUUACAAUCCUAUCAUUCAAUCGAAGGCCAACGAUUUCCAAAACUUAAAUGAGGUCCUCGGCGUCAACGACCCCAACGUUGAAGUCGUCGCUGCAAGAAGAGGACUAAAAAUCCAUAUUGAACCACAUUUUGUGCUUGAUGAAAGCGAGGUACCCCCUAACCUAGACUUGGCAACAUUGAGCAUGCCUACAGACCCAAGGGUCAAGGAACAUCUACCGGACGAUAUGUCACCAUAUCGCAGGUCUUCAACCACUUUCUCGAAAAUGUUGGCAGAACCGGAAGUUGUCACGCUCGGCACAGGCUCCGCUGCCCCCUCUAAAUACCGUAAUGUCUCUGCUGUUCUUUUACGCAUGCCCGAUGCAUUGGGCAAUUAUCUCUUUGACUGCGGAGAAGGGACGCUGGGUCAGUUGAAACGACUUUAUACCGCUGAAGAGUUGGACGAGAUACUGUUCAAUCUCAAGGGCGUCUGGAUAUCCCAUCUGCACGCAGACCAUCAUCUGGGCACCGUCACAAUCCUCCAAGCUGCCAUGUCGGCUCGAAAACGGUUGUCCGGGCCAGAGAGGCCUCCGCCCGAUCCUCCCUGUUUGAUAUCCGAAGUCAACAUGAUUGAUUACAUGAACGACUAUCAGUCUGUACUUGGGCUAUGCACAGAGUCGCUCUGCACUCCAAUCGCCUGUCACUGGACGGAGGGAAUGUCGCUUCGAGGAGAGCCGUUUGAUUUCAGUCAGACAAAUAUCCCGAUAAAGGAGCUGCGAACUGUAAAAGUCAGCCACUGCCACGGCGCGCAAGCCAUUUCCGUCACGUUCACCAAUGGAUUCAAGUUCUCCUACAGUGGCGACUGCAGACCCAACGAGCUCUUCUGCAAGACCGGCGUCGAUUCAGAUGUGCUUGUGCACGAAGCCACGUUCGACGAUGGUCUCGAAGGCGACGCCAGGGCCAAAAAGCACUGCACGACUGGUGAAGCCGUCGGCGUUGCUCUGGGCAUGAAGGCUAAGAACUUGAUUCUCACUCAUUUCAGCCAGAGAUACCAGAAGAUACCAGUGCUGAGCAGCGUUAAGAUGCCAGAACAUGUAUCUGAAGCAGAACUGCUAGACGACGACGAUGCUGAGAUGACCACCACGGGCCCUGCGCUUGGCGCGCAUGACGCAGAAUGCAAACCGUCUCAGACGUCCGAUGCUACUGCGUGGACUGACCAAGACACGACGCGCAAUCUCAACAUCGGGGUUGCAUUUGACUUGAUGAGAGUCAAAAUCUCGCAGAUAGCGUCGAUGAAAAGGCUGUUUCCUGCCAUCUCGAAGAUGUUCCAGGUCGAGGAAGAGAAGCGCGAGAGAGAGCGACAGGAGAUUGCUGCUGGGCUACGGGCGGAAGAAGAACGCAAGAUGGCUGACAAGCUCGCAAGGCAGGAGGCGAAUAGGAGGAAGUGUGCACAGGGUCAGGCGAAACAGAAACAGGCGAAGAAGCAGAAGGGGAACAAGAGGAAAUUGGAAACGGAGAAGGAGAAACAAGAUGCCAGUAAUGGCAGCAUUGCCGGCACUGAGGCUAUGGUGACUCAAGCCGGAGCAGAAGCAGAAGCACACGCUGGUGAGAGAAUUGUCGCAAGUGCAAGUGUGAAUGCUAAGUGUGCUCAGAACGGUGACGCUGAGACUCAUGGCAAUGGCCUCGGUCGAGAGGCAGCCAACUCCGUCAACAGUGCAACACGUCUGCAGACUUCCGAUGUGCCGGGCCCGAUUGGAACACCAGUGUGCACAGACAAAGCUGCCGAACAUGCUGAAUCGACCACCAGUCCAGCGAAAAGGCGUAAGCUGGAUAUGGAGUCUGAAUAGACCUGGGCUGCGCUCAUGUUGGAACUACAUACCUAGGUACUGUAGCUCUGACAGGGCAUGGCUGGGAGUGCCGAACACUCGCCGCACCCCGAGCUGCGCUGCGCAGCACACCGGCCAUGAUGGAUGGAAACAAGCAUUCAAUGGCGGAGCUGCCGUGAUCAUCGGCAACAAGUAUAUAGCUUUCGACAAAGCAGCAAGACCACGUCAAGAUUGUCGUCCGCCUCCAGCGUUCGCGGCUUGCUUUUCGGCUUGACCAGUAGCACAUGGCAGUCAAGGUCAACAGGAAGAAUCAACAACCGUCUGGCGUGCGGCGUGUAGAAAACCACUUGCGAGUGAAUGCACGGUACGCGACCGAAAUCUGCCGAUCGAGGUGUGAAUGAGAUAGACUCGUAUCUAGACAACUUGACGACCGGGCCGCAUGAACCUCAGGUCGUCUCAUCAUCUCGACUUAGUGACUCUUCAAUGGAAACUUUGACGCGCC